CGUCAAACAAAAUAAAAACACGAGUGUUUCACAAGUUUCACGUGUGUGCAUGUGAAUUGUGAAAUAAUUUUAUUAGCAUGUGAAUAUUGAAUUUUUUAUAUAAGGUCAGUCAAUAUGUCUUCUAAAGACAAGGAAGAUCAUCUUCCGGGUUUUGAUGCCUCGGAAGAAAACCCACAAGAUGAAACUCCGGGUAAUAAGAAGAAAAAGAAAAGUUCUGGUGGGUUUCAGUCGAUGGGAUUAAGUUUUCCUAUACUUAAAGGUAUUACAAAACGAGGAUAUAAGCAGCCGACACCUAUACAGCGUAAGACGAUACCUCUUGCAUUAACAGGCAAAGAUGUGGUUGCUAUGGCACGGACAGGGUCGGGUAAAACAGCAUGUUUUGUCCUCCCUAUAUUGGAGAAACUUCUGGCUCCAGACACCAAGCCUCUGCCUGGAAAGAACUUUAGAGCUCUCAUUUUAUCACCAACUAGGGAGUUGGCUCUACAGACAUUAAGAUUUGUACGAGAGCUUGGAAAAUUCACCGGGCUGUCAUCGGCAGCGAUUCUUGGUGGAGAGUCAAUAGAGCAGCAGUUUAGUGUGAUGUCCGGCACGGCACCUGAUGUUGUGGUCGCAACUCCUGGACGGUUCCUACACAUCUGUAUUGAGAUGAACUUGAAACUUGAUAAUAUACAGGUCAUAGUAUUUGAUGAAGCUGAUCGCCUUUUUGAGCUGGGUUUCGGAGAACAACUUAGAGAAAUUGUCGCCCGGCUACCGUCAUCCCGUCAAACCCUGCUGUUUUCGGCGACAUUACCAAAGAUGUUGGUGGAAUUUGCCAGGGCGGGUUUGACAGACCCGACUCUAGUGAGGUUGGAUGUAGAUUGGAAGUUGCCAUCAACUUUGUGGCUGGGUUGGAUAGCAGUGAGAGCGGAGUUAAAGACUGCUGCCUUGUUGAUUCUCUUGGACAGAGUUCUAACUGCAAAAACACCGCAGGCAGUUGUCUUUGCGGCGACUAAGCAUCAUGUCGAGUAUUUGAACUUGAUUCUGCAAAAGGCUGGGAUAUCAUCUACAUACGCGUACUCCGGCCUCGACCCAUCGGCUCGUAAGAUAGCUCUCGGUCGCUUCACUAACAAGAAGUGCUCAGUACUAAUAGUUACUGAUGUCGCCGCUAGAGGUCUCGACCUGCCCGCUCUAGACACUGUCAUCAACUACAACUUCCCUGCCAAACCAAAGCUGUUUGUGCAUAGAGUUGGUCGCAGUGCUCGAGCCGGUCGCGCGGGUCGUGCAUUCUCCCUAAUAGCACCAGAAGACGUCGCUCACCUCCUAGACCUACAACUCUUCCUCGGAGCAGAACUCAUAUCUCCCUCCCAAGUCAAAGAGAGGGGGCUGACCUGCCCCAGCGGUGUCUGGGGAGCUAUACCCACGUCACAACUUGAGCUGAGACAUCAGGACAUUGUGGCGUGGGAGAAGAAUGUCUCGGAAAUUGAAGACGCAGCCCGCGUAUGUGGUCGGGGUUGGCAGCAAUACAUAAAGUGGCGCGAGCCUGCCUCAGCCGAGGCGAACAAGCGCGCCAAACUGACCAACUUCCCUGUAGUCGCGCACCCGUUCUUAGUCGAUGAGACAGAAAGCGAAGUUGUGGACAUGAUUGAGAAGAUCAAGAAUUAUACGCCUAAAGGGACGAUUUUGGAACUGGCCGCUAAGAACGACGCUCCGAGUUAUUUGGCUAUGAAGAGGAAGAAACAAGUGCACGGCAAGACGGUACAGAAAGUACGGGACAAUAAGAAACUGAUGGCUGAAGGCGUGUUAGAAGACUCGAGCAACAUAAAGCCGAGCCGGCCGCCGAACCAGCCUCCCAAGAAGAAGAAGAAAGAAGUCGUUCGCGAUGAGAACUACAUCUCACAUUACGCCAGUGACCAACAUACUGAAAUGGGUAUGGCCGUAAACUUCGCGGUGGGCGCGGCGUCGGCGCAGCUCGAGUUGGCGGCGGACAGCGGGGACGCGGCGCGGGCGCACAAGGCCAUGCUGCGCUGGGACCGCAAGCGGAAGAAGAUGGUGCAUGUCGACCCGGACGGCGGUCGCAAGAUGAUCCGUACAGAGAGCGGGGGUCGCGUGCCUGCCUCGUACCGUAGCGGUCGGUACGACGAGUGGAGGAAGCGAAACGUCGCCGACGCAGGAUCCGACGACGAACAGGGACACGAUACUAAUAGGAAGAAAGCUGCUUCAGAAUUCAGACCGCACUGGGUGAAACACAACGAGCGCAUCGCCAAGAAAUCGGCGGAGGGCAAGUCUAAGGAGUUUAAGAACAAACAACAGAUCGUGAAGGAAAGAAUACGCAAAGAGAAGAUCAAACAGAAACUCAAGUACAAGAAUAACAAGAAAAAGAAGAGGAAAUAAACAUAAAUAAAUUGAUUUAUUAAGA